UAUGCAAAUGACUUUGUUGUCGUCUUUACCUAUUUACAACCCAAACAUGACUUUCAUUCUGUCUAUCGCUUUUUCAUUUUUUUUUUUUAUUUCUCAUCACGUGUUCGGAGUGUGUGACUUGCUCAUUUMAAAGGUGAGAGUUCGAGUCAAUCCUUGAAACAUUUCUGUUUCUAUCCUAACUUUUCUCUCGAUAUUUGCCAAAUGUUGCUUUGCGGUUGCACGGGUAACAUAACUUCUUCCAAAASGCGUAAUAAAUAAACCAGCAUCAAAUUCAUGAAAUUGAUGGCUUUGACUACCAUCAUAAUCAAAUUAAUUCUUUAUCACAUACACCGUUCAUUCCUCGGUUCAGUUUGGACCAUUUCUUGUCGUUGUUGUCGUUGGAAAAUCAGCCUGCUCAAGCCAGACAUCUUGACUCUCAGUUGAGUCUCAAGCUACAAAGAUGAAGUCAGUGGAAAUUAUCAUAACUGUACUAUUACCAUUUGUAAUUUUCGGUUAUGUUCUAUACAAGUUUCUCAACAAGAAAAGACCAAAAGCCAUCGACGAAGUUAUAGACCCAACAACGGGAAGAAAAAGAAUCCGAAUAUUUGACGGUGAAUUUCAGCGUGGCGUUCAUGAUAACCUAUAUUUGUAUGGAGAAGCCUUGGUAAGCAACGUUGUCUUCAUUGAAUCUAUGGUACCGCUGAAAAAGGAACUUCUUGUGAAAGCCUUAGUUUCUUUGGCUAAAAUUCACCCDCUUCUACGAAUGAYGUGUGAGUGGCAACAAAACAAUCGCUAUCAUACAGAAAUGAUUCAGUUCAGRCAUAAGGAACUCUUGUAUUCCGAAGAGAACACCGAAGACUGGGUACGAAGGUUCGAGAAAGAACUGCAAGAGGGCUACGACUUAGCUCAUGGUCCUCUUUGGCGUGUUGUUAAGAUCAAAGAAGACUUUGAUACAUCAAGAAAGAAGUAUACCACCAUAUUUCUACUUAGCUUCCAUCAUUCAAUCAGUGACGGGAUAUCUAUCAUGAAAUUCUUGGACAAARUUCUCGAGAUUUUGGAUCAGAUUUACUCCAACACUUUUGUGGAAGAAAAUCUAGAGCCCAUGCCUCUUCUGCCGCCUUUACUGGAGCUUAUCAAACAUGAGACUCAAAUGAGCUGGUGGAAGUGGAUAGCUUACAAAGCUAACGAUAAAUUAAGUACCUACAGAGGUGUACAAAACUCCUUUCUUAACCUGUUUCCACCUCCUCUGGUACAAAAUCCAACCAUGGUACCUAAAACCUGUCUAAUUCCAGGCUCUUUGACCGAAGCACAAACGAUUCUUUUAGUACAAAAUUGUAAAUCGAACAAAUGCACUGUCACUGGAGCACUUGGUGCAUGUUUUGCAGUUGCAAUAMCCAGAAUGGUAGYGGAAAUCGGUGGAAAUCCAAUUGAUGRUAAUUUUGDUAUUCCAGCAAGGAUAAGAGAUGGCUGCAGGCCUGUUGUCAGUGAUAACAGCUUUGGAUUAUACAUUGGGGWUGUAUUUCUCACUAUAACUCUACCUAAUACAUCAUCUCCAAAUCCGUUUUUCUGGGAUCUUGGGCGAAAGAUCUCAUUUGARACAAGAGAGCAGAUAAAUGCUAAAAAACAGUAUGGGAUUUGCACUCUUUUGGAAAARGGUUUAACAAGCUCAGUUAAAYAGGUGGAGAAGGCCAAAAGAGAUGCCAAAUAUGCAGGACGAAAUCCUUUAUUUGUGCUCUCAAAUCGCGGUAAUUUUCCAUGUGAAAAUCAAAGAAAGUUUACCGCGAAAAAAGUUUACACUGGUAUGUCAGAAACUGACUUGGGUUCAACAAUGGCGGUAUUUUCAGUAACAAUCGGCGGGCGAUUAUGCUGGAGUGUUGUGUACAGCAAUAAAGCUGUCCACAAGAAACACGCAACAAUAUUGUCAGAAUAUUUUCUUGAAGCCAUUAUCAAACUGGGAUGUCAGUUACAAGCAUAAAACAGACAACGUGACACCGAAAUAGUCUUCUCACAGCCGUUUUUUACUGAUCAAACUAAUCAAAGGUGUUGAAUAAGGCGAUCACAAUCGAUAAAAAGUACCAUUUGAUCGUGUUAGAUAAAUAAACGCUUAUUAAAUAGA